UCCUCGUUUGACUCUGUCUAUUUCUCUCUCUAAAAUGCUCGCUUACUCUCUUUUUCUCUCAUUACAACUCUCAUACGCUUCUUCGGACCACGCCAAAGCCCUAGAAUUCUCCGAUUGGUGAUUUCUUCCAUACAAUUCGCAAUUCGAUAUGAUUGACACGGCCUUCGAUUUUCUGGUGCCGUCGUGGUGGGAGGUCGAGGUCGCCGUCGCGGCGGCGUUCUUCGUGAUCGUGGCGUACUGGUUCUUCGCGUACUGUGGUGGCGGAGAGAGCAAUGCCUAUGAUCGGUGUCUGAUUGACAAUCCGGCGGGUUCUGGGGAUGUCAAUGACGAUAAAGAGAAGAUAGGCCAGAUGAAAGGAUACCCUCAAUCGAAUUCUGCAUAUAUAAUCAAGUUGGAAUUGUUGGCAGCUAAGAAUCUUAUUGGUGCUAACCUAAAUGGCACGUCAGAUCCUUAUGCAAUCAUCACUUGUGGUAAAGAAAAGCGAUUCAGUUCAAUGGUUCCUGGUUCAAGAAAUCCCAUGUGGGGAGAGGAGUUCAAUUUUUCAGUUGAUGAGCUUCCUGUAGAGAUUAACGUGACAAUAUAUGAUUGGGAUAUAAUAUGGAAAAGUACAGUUCUUGGUUCAGUGGCUGUUCCUGUUGAAAAUGAAGGUCAAACUGGUGCUGUAUGGUAUACUUUGGAUAGCACAUCAGGACAAGUCUGUCUGCAUAUUAAAACAAUAAAACUGCCUGUAGAUUCUUCCAGGGCUUUGAAUGGUUAUGCUGGAGCAAAUGCUCGAAGAAGGGUUUCUAUGGAUAAACAAGUACCCACAGUUGUUCAUCAAAAACCUGGACCUCUACAAACAAUAUUUAAUCUUCUUCCAGAUGAGGUCGUUGAACAUAGCUAUUCCUGUGCACUUGAGAGGUCAUUUUUGUAUCAUGGUCGUAUGUAUGUCUCCGCAUGGCACAUAUGCUUCCACUCUAAUGUAUUUUCAAAGCAGAUGAAGGUAAUUAUACCAUUUGGAGACAUUGAUGAGAUACGAAGGAGCCAACAUGCAUUUAUUAAUCCUGCUAUUACUAUAAUUCUGCGCAUGGGUGCUGGUGGGCAUGGUGUACCUCCUUUGGGGAGUCCUGAUGGUAGAGUCAGAUACAAAUUUGCUUCAUUUUGGAACAGAAAUCAUGCACUAAGAGGUUUACAGCGUUCAGCAAAGAACUUCCGUGAAAUGUUAGAUGCUGAGAAGAAGGAAAAUGAACAAUCGGCAUUGCGGGCACAUAGCAGCUCCGUCAGAGGGGGUAAAAGGCAGGUUAAGGUUCCUGAAGAAACUACACCCAAGACUGGGAAGUUUCAACCUUUUAUUAAAGAAGAAGUUGUUAAUGGUAUAUACAAUGACGUUUUCCCAAGCACAGCAGAGCAGUUCUUUGAACUGUUGUUAAAUGAUGAUUCGAACUUUACAAAUGAGUAUCGAUCUGUACGAAAGGAUGCUAAUCUUACUAUGGGACAGUGGCAUCCUGCCGAUGAAUAUGAUGGCCAAGUCAGGGAAAUAACAUUCAGAUCUCUCUGUAACAGUCCCAUGUGCCCUCCGGACACCGCAAUGACAGAGUGGCAACACAUUGUUUUGUCACCCGAUAAGAAAUUGCUGGUGUUUGAGACUGUACAACAGGCACAUGAUGUUCCAUUUGGUACUUACUUUGAGGUUCACUGUAGAUGGUCUGUAGAGACUAACUCGGACUCCUCUUGCACUAUUGAUAUUAAAGUGGGUGCACAUUUCAAAAAAUGGUGUGUGAUGCAAUCUAAGAUUAAGACAAGUGCUAUCGCCGAGUACAAGAAAGAGGUGGAGUUGAUGUUAGAGGUGGCCCGCUCAUAUAUUAAGUCAAGGACUUCUGGUAAUGAGAUUGUCGACAUAGCCUCUACUUCAUCCACAGUUCAAGAGAAUACACAAGCACCUUGAGAAAUCUUGAUAUAUUGGUUUUUGACUAUUUAUUGCUCCAACCAUCUCUUCUUUUUCUUUUCCUUUUUUUUUUCGUCCUUUUUAUUUAUAUACCAUGUAUACCACAAGCAACUGUUGUAACUGUAAUAGUAAAUUGCCGUUGAUGUAUUCUCACCCUGUCUCCUCCGAAGAGAACGAGCGGUGUGCCCUUGUAAUUGUUCUCUUGUGCAAUGUCAAUGUUAGCGUUGGAAAAGCAAUAAUGCUUUGUGUAUGUUAGUUGUAAACUUGUAAUGUGCUCAUCGAAGAGACCAUAUGAAAAUUUGAAACUUGUUUAUUGAAUUCAUUUAUUACUGCACCUGA